UUGACGUUGUUGUUGUAAGUGGUGGAGAAAUUACUUUGUCGCUGGUGGUCCGGUUUGGGAUUUUACGCACCGUUCUCCAUAUGAGGACACUAAAAAGUUAGAAGUCGUUGGUACUGGAAACGUAUUUGCUACUUACAAGUUGGCACUUGCUGGAAAACUGAAUGGGACGAUGAAAACAACAUCUGCGAGGCCGCUAAAGGUGUGGCUGACAGACUAGCUGAAGAUAGAGGCCGACUCCACCUUAUCCAUUCGCUUUGCUGCCCUGUCGGGGAGAGCAGAGUACAGCUUUUUCUUUCUUUCUCUCUCUCUCUCUCUUUUUUAAUGCCUGGAUGCAACCCGCCAACUUGUGAAUUCAUGAUCACAUGACCGUGGAUAUGGACGCAGUCCUGUCCGACUUUGUCCGUUCUACUGGAGCUGAACCGGGAUUGGCCAGAGACCUGCUAGAGGGCAAAAACUGGGAUUUCACUGCUGCCCUCAGUGACUUUGAGCAGCUGCGACAGGUGCAUGCUGGGAACCUGUCGUAUUCAUUCACAGAAGAGCGAACGUAUCUGCCCCCUGAAAAGGAGAUGGCUCGGGUAGGACGGCCUAUACUCCAUCGCCAAGAUGAGGUGGUGCAAGCUACAGAGAAGCGUUUGUCGAGGGGUAUUUCUCAUGCUAGCUCUACCAUCGUUUCUCUGGCCCGCUCUCACGUCUCGAGCACCGGCGGUAGCAGCAAUGAGCCUCUUCUGGACACGCCCCUGUGCACUUUCCAACUGCCAGACCUCACUGUGUACUGGGACGACUUCAGGAGCUUCAUUGAGAGGGACCUUAUUGAGCAGUCCAUGAUGGUGGCCUUGGAGCAUGCCGGGCGGCUGAACUGGUGGACAAAAGUGGUUUCAAACUGCCAGAGUCUGCUACCUCUGGCAACAAGCGGAGAUGGAAAUUGCCUGCUGCAUGCAGCCUCGCUCGGUAUGUGGGGCUUUCACGACCGAGACUUGAUGCUGCGGAAGUCCCUGUACGCGCUGAUGGAUCACGGGUUGGAGAGAGAGGCAUUGAAGCGCAGGUGGAGGUGGCAGCAGACCCAGCAGAACAAAGAGUCUGGGCUGGUGUACACGGAGGAGGAGUGGCAGAAAGAGUGGAAUGAACUGUUAAAGCUCGCCUCCAGCGAACCGAGAAUACACUACAGCACCAACGGCACCAACGGGGCGGAGUCUUCAGACGAGCCAGUUUAUGAGAGUUUGGAGGAGUUUCACGUCUUUGUCUUGGCUCAUGUCCUUAGAAGGCCCAUCGUGGUGGUCGCUGACACCAUGCUGAGGGAUUCGGGAGGAGAGGCUUUUGCUCCCAUCCCGUUCGGAGGCAUCUACCUACCGCUGGAAGUGCCUGCUGCCAAGUGCCACCGCUCUCCGCUGGUCCUGGCAUAUGAUCAGGCGCACUUCUCUGCUCUGGUCUCCAUGGAACAGAAGGACAGCUCGAAAGAGCAAGCAGUUGUGAUCCCUCUCACUGACUCAGAGCACAAAAUGCUGCCACUGCACUUUGCUGUGGAUCCAGGGAAGGACUGGGAGUGGGGGAAAGAUGACACAGACAACGUGAUGCUAGCAAGUGUGGCUCUUUCUUUGGAGGCCAAGCUCCAGAUGUUGCACAGCUACAUGACGGUCACCUGGCUGCCCCUGCCAUGCGAGCAAGCCCCGCUGGCCCAGCCGGAGUCUCCCACAGCAUCAGCUGGAGAAGAUGCCCGGUCGCCUCCUGACUCCGGAGAAUCGGACAAGGAGUCUGUCAGCAGCAGCUCCAAUGGCAACGGAGACACAACCACAGGAUCAACAGUCAAUGGAGGGGGAUCUUUGGCCAAGAACAGCUCCUCCUCUUCAUCUAGUUCAUCCAGCAGUGGAUCAGCAGGGAAGGACAAAACUAAGAAGGAGAAGGACAAGGAUAAAGACAAGAAGAGGGCAGACUCUGUGGCCAAUAAGCUUGGCAGUUUUGGAAAGAGCCUGGGCAGCAAGUUUAAGAAAAACGUGGGUGGGCUGAUGCCAGGAAAAAAUGUUGGAGCUGGUGGUGCCAAGCAAGAGGGUGGGGAGAAGAAGAAAGGCUCAUUUAGAGGGAGGAAGGGCAGCAAGGAUAGCUCGCCUUCAGCCCACGCCUCUGAGGAUUCUGGGAAAGGCUCUCCCUCCUCGGGCAGCGAGCGUCUCAAUGGAGCCGGGAGCAGCAUGAGCAGCAGUGGUGGGAGCAGCACUGAGAGCGAGCCCUACAAGUACAGCGCUGAUGUGAAGGUCAGCCUCGGCAUCCUGCGGGCUGCCAUGCAGGGGGAGAGGAAGUUCAUCUUUGCCAGCCUCCUCACCACCAGCAACAGGCAGCCCUUCCAGGAGGAGAUGAUCCAGCGCUACCUCACCGAUGCAGAGGAGCGCUUCCGGGCUGAGCAGGAACAACAGCGCCGCGAGGCAGAGAGGAAAAGCAUCGCUAACAGCCUCCAACCCCCCAAGAAGGAGGUGGUUGGUUGUUCAGAGCUAAGUUACCGGCCUUACGAGCCCAAAGAGGAGCUAUCGGAGAACUCGUCGCCUUCCUUCAACACGCUUAAGCUGUCUCCUUUGAGUCCCUCUAUGUACUCGGCUGUUGUGCCCAUCCCCAGGCCCUCCUUCAUUGACCAGCCUCUUCCUGCAGCCUCGCUGACCCAGCAUCUUCACAUGCAUAGCUACGUUGAUAAUCGACGCCAGCUAGCUGGUGGCUCCUCAGCAAUCUCUUACCCUGGCCUCCCCUCGUAUGCAACCCUCCCCCGGCACGGCCCCACAGCACAGCCUCCCUCCCAUCCCCAGUACAAUAACUCGCAAGGCCCUUCCUCCCUGAGUCCUUCCCGCCUCGCACCCUCAUAUCCCCCCGAAUUCGACCCACCGGACUACCCUGGGGCUGAACUCACCACUGGGAACUACACCAACGGCUUCCGGGACAUGAGCUCCAAUCUAGACUCUCGGAACGGGCAACCCCCAGUCAGACACUACUCGUUGGGCAGUGCCAGCGGAUUGGCCGGCCUGCAGUCCAGCCGCUGUCGGACACCCAACUGCAACUACUACGGACACCCCGAGACAGGCAACUACUGCUCCUACUGUUACCGGGAAGAGCUGAAGAAGAGGGAGACAGAACCGGCCAUCCACAGGUUCUGAGCAGACCUCAUUGUGGCUUGAAUUUGACGAGUGGCCUUUUUCACGACUGGAGCAGAUCAGCCUGUGGAUGGACGAGGGAAAGGGCAACCAGCUCCCUCCUCUUUUAUUCUUAGCCGUGUCAUUACCUGUUGAAAGUACCAAGUGAGGCUACAUACCUACAGGAUACACGAGGUGGUCUUUGACUGCCAGGGUCACGUUAGACCGUAGAGUAAACUGCACUUCUGUUACAUUUUGCUGUGGCUCUUAUGCAGGCGUUGUGUGUGUGUGUGUGUGUGUGUGUGUGUGUGUGUGUGUGUGUGUGUGUGUGUGUGUGUGUGUGUGUGUGUGUGUGUGUGUGUGUGUGUGUGUGUGUGUGUGUGUGUGUGUGUGUGUGUGUGUGUGUGUGUGUGUGUGUGUGAGAGAGAGAGAGAGAAGUACAAGCUCUCCUCAAUUCUUGGAGUUGGAACGCCUUGCUACUAUCUCCUCCUAGUGGAGCGAAUGUAUAUGGCAGGCAUCAUACAUGACACUCAAUACAUGUACAGAACACACAUCCACACUAAGUAAUACUUACACUACAACAUAAACAGAGAUGCAAGCACAAACGGAAAAGGCAUGAGUGUCUCUGCUCCAUUUGUAUUCUGUGAUGUUUGGAUUGGUUCAUUAAGGGAUGUUUGAAGUCACAUCUGGUUAUAAGGUGAUUUCAGUGUUACAGAUACAGAUAUUAACACUAUUAUUAUUAGAUGCUUGUACCUCGGGAAACAGCACAAUUAAUCCUCGUCGAGUUGCUUUUUUUUCCUCUUUUGUCGCAUAAAAUGCACACUGAAACUGUUGUGUGAUGCUCAUGAUAAGCGUUCUGUAGGCUGCUGCGGUGCUAAUGUUACAGAAUGCGUUUAAGACGACUGCUCUGCACUGCACUCAUUUGGGCAAAGUAACUAUCACUUAAAAAAUUCUGCAUUUUUGUCCAAUUCUGUAAAUUGGAUUAUGAAGAUGUCAGCCCCCCCCCUUUUUUUUUCUUUAAUAUUAAGAGCUAUUGACCAGGUCACAUGAUUGACCAGGCAUUAUAGAACAAAGACAAGAUAGAAACAUAAUACGAUGGUAAGGUACUGUCCUGGUAUUUCUUGUGUUUGUUGGAAUGUUUUUCUUUUUGUACUCGGGUCUUCCUGUUUCCUGUUACUAUGGUUGAUGUUUGUGUGGCCUCGGGAUGCAAUAAUAUAUAAAAUGUGAGAUGAAACUUAACGUUCAGAACAGCAGAUUUUUGGAGACAACAGUCAAUAACUUAAAUUAGUUGAACAUUAGUAAGCACAUUUUGGGAUUUUUAGGAGAAAAUUUAUGGCUUUGUUACCAAACAUAUUGCAUUAAUCAGUGGCGAUUUGUCUCUCCAUGACGCAAACUGACACAAACACUCGCCUGGAUGUGAGAAACUGACAUGGUAUUAACAAAUUCUGGUUAUUUUUUUUAAUAUUAAUUUUAUAAUAUUUUCCCUCUGUUCUCUCUGAAGGUUUAGAAAUGUAAAACAUGUUUUAUGUGGUCUCCCCUGAAAUUUUAAUUAAUAAGGUGUUCUGAUUAAUUAGCUGCUUAUUGGUUUGGCUAUUUACUGCAAAUUCAGAGGUUCUGCUGAAGUUUUUUUUUUUUUUGCAUUCGGUCUGUCAAAGUCGGUUGUUUUUGCACAAAUUUGAGCACUUUUCCUUAUGUCUGUGAACUCAGAGCUUUACUGGUUUUUAGUUGGUCAUCACUGCAGACACUGCCACCUCUGGUUCUGGGAAAUCAGAGGCCACGGGUCAGAAAGUUUUCGUUGCAGGACGCAGAAGAACUCCAGCAUUUCUGUGAUAGUGUCACCAUCUUGCUCAGUGUCCCAGUUGCCUUUUUUCAGCAUUUGCAAACGAAGAGGCCAACUUCAAGUAUCCACUGCUUGCCUGCAGUUUUCACAAAUACUGUCGCCAAAACUCAGCAAAUUAUUUCAUGAGUCUGAUGAAGUGUUCAGUUUGAUUUUUGCUUUUUUUUUUCUUUAAGGCUGUUUUAGUUGUUGACAAAUUAAUUUCUAAUAUUUGUUAUUUUCCCCCUGUAAUUAAGCCAUGGUGAUUAACUUUGACAGAGCAACUCUGGUUGUUGUACUCUUGUUGAUUCAGUAUUUUCUUUUCAGACAUGAGAUACUUGACAUCAUGCUGUUAUUGCUUUUUAACACUGGCGACACUGAUGGCGAGAGCCACUGUGUACAUCCAUAUGUGCAAAAUACUUUACGUCAGCUCGAGAAGUCUGACUGUGAUUAAUUCGCAGUCUGCACCUCCACAUCAGAUUCAGAGAAAGAGGUCUCUCUCUUCUGGACUGAGAAAAGAAAGAAGUAUUAGUAUCAAAUAAGUAACACAGUCGGAGAUGUCAUGAAGUGGCUGUAAUUUGUGUUUCUGGUUUUCUCUGAUGAGCUAGUGUCAGUCAAUGUUUUCAUUUUAGUACAAUUCCCACAUUUCUUACAAAACCUAAAAGAAUACAGUAAUCCUCACCUGCAGCUGGAGCACAGCUGGAGCACAGCUGGCUCCCGCGUGACCGGCCUCAAAAGAAAGCGUCUGUAAACCUAAACUGGCAACUGGCAGUUGGCCUCGUAGAUUUGAUGUUGUGACUUUUACAGAAAAGCGAUCAGGGUGUCUGCAAAGGGCUUUAGAGAAGCACAAUUCAGUCUGCAAUACACUGCCUCUUCCAAACGAGGGCGCCCUUGUUGUGUUUUUCUUGGUUUGUGCUUUUCUCUCCUGCAAACCUGCAAACACACAAAAACCAAAUGUUUCUGACUAAUUUCUUCAGGCUUAAUUUCACUCUGUGUAACACAUUAUUUUCUCUAAUGCUGGUCAAAGGACCAGAAUUUCUUCAGCUUUUUUCUUUUUGCUGUGCUUUAUAGCUUUAACAACAUUAAAACACUGAAGUUUCGCUCUUUCCCCAAAAGGCAUUUGCUGUGUUUGUGUGUCAUCAUGUGUUCAUGAAAGUGGAUUUGUUUUCAUUGAGAUGAGACCCGACCGGCAAGUGUUUCUCUGAGUGGUGACGAAUGUUUUGUUUUUUGUUUUUUAAAUUUAAUUAUUUUUUUAUGUGUAUGUGUGCAUACUCUUUCCUUCCCUCCAUAGUAAUAAUUAGCUUACAAACCUUUUUUCAAUUUUAUUUUUUUUGCAAUGACAUGGAUGCCUCAGAAACAUGUAAAACAUCAGACUUUACAGGCUACGAACACUUUUUUGUAUUGAAGAAAAAAAACAGUGAGAGGAUGUAUAAAUAUGUUCGGAGUUAUUUUUGUAAGCCCAAAGUUUUACAGUGUUUUUAAAGGGUAAGAAUGUAUAUUGUUGGACAUGAAAACAGGUCGGGAUUGUAAGAGGCUGUAUUUGGGGUACAACUGGUGUUAAGAAUGAAGACAUUUUGGCUGUUGAAGGUGACCCUGCAGACGAGCCUUUUCGUACUCGAGGCUCUCUCAUUGCAAACUAAUUUCCUCAAUGCUGACCUAAUAAUUCGAGAAUAUAUAUUUAUAGUGAGAUUUUUUUUUAAAAUAGGGUUCCUUGUGGAAUGUUUAGUUGAAAUGAUUUUAGGAUGUUCUUUCUCACAUGGCUAAUUGUCUAGCAGUCUGACUUUUAUUUUAUUGCUUUUUUUUUGUUUCUUUAAUUUGUAAAUUAGGUUUUAUUUUCUGCAGCAACCAUUUGCUGUGCUAAAACAUGACAGGUGAUGUUGACCCAGCUUGUUUCCUCCAAACCAGAAGAGAAAUGGCUCAGAAUUAGUUCGGUGACAAAACCGAUCCGAUUAUAUUUUUCUAUAUCGUCGACACUGUCGUUUCUGUGAGCGCAGAAGAUUCCUCCUCAGAAACAUUAACAUGGAAUACUUUUGAGUUGCAUGGGACUGAAAAUGUUGCAUGUAAAUGGCAAACCAUUCUACCAAAUUUGUGCAUUAUCUGAGCUUAAUUUCAGCUGUCCUGGUAUUUUAGUUGGCUUUAUUUUAUUUUUUUUGAAUAAACAUUUUUCUUUUUUCCUUUUAGUUUUGAGAGGAGAGCUCUAAGGCUGUGUGACAGUGCAAUCUGGACAGAAAGAACAUCAGAUUUUAUGUUAGGUUGUUGUUAUUAUUAUUAUUAUAAUUAUUAAUUUUUUUGCACCGUUUGAAUAAAUUCUCAUUGUAUUAAAGAAA